UCUUUAUAAAGUUAAUUGCCAGGUAGUGCCUAGAACCAGACCCCAGUCCCAGUCCCAGUCCCAGCCAUAGCCCCGGCCCGAGCAUUCCUCCCGAUAUGAGUGAUACCGAUGCGAUGCGUCCACCUGUGGGGCCGCCGCAGCAGCGUCCCCCCUUUCCGGGAGCCCGGCCGAUGGUCGGAAUGGGACCACGCCCACCCAUGCCACCGCCAAAUAUGGGGGCCAGGCAGAUGCCACCGCCGCUGAGGAACACAGAAAGCAAGAGCAAUCUGAUAAUGGGUCCGCCGCAGAUGAGGCCGGGAAUGCCGCCACAGCUGAGUCUGCAGCAGCCACGUCCGCCCAAUGCAGGAGGACCUCUUUCGCCGCCCGGACAGGGACCUCCACGGCCGCCCGGCGGGUUCCCCUGGACGCCAUCUGGCGCGCCACCUGGCAUGCCGCCCGGUGCACGCCCUCCGCAGAAUAUGACGCGACCUCCUCCGCCGACAUUUGCUCGCCCGGCACCGGGCCAGCCGCUGCAGGCGCCAUUCCGACCGACCUUCAAUCAGCAGCCCAUGCAACAGCUGCAGCAGCAGCCCCCACAUCAACAGGCCCCACCACAGCAGCAGCAGCAGCAGCAACAGCAGCCACACAUUCAGCAGCAACCACAGCCUCAGCCUCAGCCACCGCCACAGCUACGCCCACCAUCGUCAAUGGGGGCACACAAUGACGACGACGAUGACGUGAUCAUGGGUCCGGCCGUGACUCCCCUCAAGACGUUCAACAUGAAGGCCGAUCCGAUGGGCUCGCCCCUGCUGGAGGACACAGAGCCACCCUUCGAGACGAGUCGACCAUCAGCACCAGCAGAGGCCCAGAGGAAGGGAAAGGGGCCUGCUCUUAAAGGCGACAAUGACAGCGGCGUGGAUGAGUCCACACAGGAGAAGGACCGCAACGGACCCAUUUCACCCAGUUCCCCGGUCAAGACGCCCACAUCGACCUCAUCGAAGGCUGACAAGUCGGGCAUUUCGCGUCCACCGAGUGCUACGCCCUCGAACAAAUCCGCAUCGAAGUCGCGCAGUGCCUCGAAGAAUCGCUUGCUACUCAAGACCCCAGAACCCGAGCCAGUAAAGAAAGUUCCAAUGAACAAAGUACAGGUUGGACAUGCUCCUUCGCCGAACCUGAAGGCGGUACGUUCCAAGAUCGGUUCCCUGGACAAUGCCACCUACAAGCCGGGCGGCGGCCAUGUGAAGAUCGAGUCCAAGAAGGUCGAAAUCAAGGCAGCGCCCCGCAUCGAGGCCAAGAACGACAAGUACAUGCCCAAGGGCGGCGAGAAGAAGAUAGUUACAACAAAGUUGCAGUGGAACGCAAAGUCGAAAAUCGGCUCGUUGGAUAACGCGGCCUACAAGCCCGGCGGCGGCGAUAAGAAGAUCGAGACCCUGAAGAUGGACUUCAAGGACAAGGCCAAGCCGAAGGUCGGCUCCAAGGACAACGUGAAAUAUCAGCCAGGCGGCGGUGAUAUCAAGAUACAAACGCAAAAGAUAGAAAUUAAGGCACAAAGCAAAGUUGGCUCUUGGGAUAAUGUAAAGCACAGGCCCGGUGGCGGCGAGAAGAAGAUUUUCGAUGAUAAGGAUUAUUUGAAAAAUGUUGAGCACUCUGCUGCACUGACAACACCACCAACACAGAGUCCACUACCAUCCAUGACGGCUUCUGGCGCUGAUGAGAAUUUAAAUCAACAAAGCUAAAUGCUAAGUGCCGAAAAUGCAUGUUGAGGUUGAGCUGAAUCUUUUCUUUGCAAUAUAGGAAUGAAACCAAUCCAAACCGAACAUUGAACAUUGAAUAUUGAACAAGCGCUAAUUUGAAAAGUAUAUCUUAAGCAAACAAAAAUGCCUGCACACAUUGGCAAAAUCGAUGCAAAAUAUGCAAUAAUUUCCACACCCACAUCACACCACAACCAGACAUGUAAUGAGAGCCGGAGCAUACGGUUCGAUUCCAACUGAUGCACUGAGAUACAGAUGCAUCCACACCACCAGAUACCCACAUCACAUAGAAGCGGUAUUCAAGAAUCAAGAGUAUAUUUGACUAGUUGAGCAGUGCACUCUUUAUCAUACAGAUACAAGACAUAAAUUAUAUAUCUCAAUGUAUUACGAAAACCCCAUAUAUACAUACAAAUAUAUAUACAUUUAUAUAUACAUAAAAGUAUCUAAAUAUUUAAGCGAAUUAUACAAGAAAUCCAAUCGUAAACUGUGUGUGCUUAGUUGAAAAUGUUGAACGACACUUAAAAGUAAAAGUAAACGUAAACGUAAACGCAAACGCAAACCCACUUGACGACUACCCUUAAUGUUAAACAGUUGAACUAUUCGUACUCGUAUAAUACAAGACCUAUGACCUAUCCGAUUUAGAUACUUUUGCGAACAGCCCAACCCAACCCAAAAACAGAACAGAACAGAGAACUUCAACCGAACAGAACCGAAAAGAAAUGAACACGUAUAAGCAUAUUAUUACUAUUAAUUUGUAUCUUAUUAGUAAAGCGCAUCAUUCUCACAAUUUAUUUACACCCUGUUACAAAAUGUAAGAUCAAUGGCAAAAAUUUAAACAUAAUAAAACCGACAAAAAAAACGUUUUUUCAUUUACCAAAAUUCUGGCG